AUGAAGUGGAGCAAUAAAUUGGUGGUAACUUUGAUAAACAUAGUUCUGCUGGCCGUGAUUAUAUUGAGCCUACCGGUGUUAAUACCAAUCCUAGCGUUGUUUCAACUACAUCGACAAAUCGUAGCACAAUUGCUAGCCGUCAAGUAUGGUUCAUCAUUUCGAGGAUUGAUGGAAGGGUCGGAUGUCGUUUGGGCAGGGCAACAGCGAUCGUCCAAGUCAAUGGUAAAUGUGUUACUGUUGUUUAAAAGCCCUGCACGCGUGUCAAACGGUUGCGGUUCGGAUUUGCUCGACAUAUUUCGGAACCGCUUCAAGCGUCGUCAUACGGACGGGACCUAUCAGAAGAUGUUCUGGGAAAGACGAUUUCAAUGGGGAUACUAUUUUUGGAAGGAACAAGGGCUUCCGCUGUGGGCCGAUCGUUACGUCAAAGAACUCGACGCGGUUCCCCACCGUGACUGCCUAUCACGAAUUGAGCUCUGCACGCUAAUUGGCUCAAUCAGCAAUCGGGAUUGUAAUGGCACGAGUUGGGAGCUGCUCGUUGGAAGCCAGCCAUUACGACGUCACGAGGGCAGCGCCGUAAUGCUGUACCCGGUCCUUUUCAGGUACCAUCAUUCAAUAGCUGAUGGAAUUGCGAUAUUUCGAUUGUUCUGCCAGGAUUUCCUCGACAAUCCGGCCGCGUCGGAGAAACACGUGUGGAAUCCAGAUACAGCCAAUCAAGGCUCAGUGCGGAGCUUCAUCACUUGGCGCAAUCUCUUCCUGAUGGCAUUUCGAAGUCCGAGAUUUUUGAUAAACGAGAUAUUGUUCAAACGCGAGCGCAACUCUUUCAUCGGCGCGGAACCGAGCGAUGAUAAAAUCGUUUGCUGGGUUGGAGCAGAUAGUGAGCAAAACGGCUGCUGUGAGACGCCCGUAAUAAACGUAAUCAAGAGUGUAAAGCGCUUGCUGGAUGGGUGCAGCUUUACGGACGUCUUCCUGACAGCUUUUGCGAUGAGUCUUCGGUCGUUCUGCAUACGGAAGGGUGUACCCGUUCCACCGGCCGUCACAAUCGGCCUAAUGAGAAGGUUUCAGCGUGAAUCCAAAGUAAUACGGCUGCGUAAUCGUUCUACGGCUGUGUUUAAAACGUUACCACUAGCUGACCUGCCGAUAGAUGCUUCUUCCUUUGCAACACUCAACGAGCUGCUGUCACAGAUAAAUGCAGUAAGAGGUCCCGUCGAAGCAGCACAAGCCGUUGCGGACGCAAUACUAACUCAUCUGUGCGUGUCAUAUCUCCCGGAGCUACUGCCAGCUCCGAUUAUGCGUGUGUUGUUUUCCCGAAGUAAGUUCACGAUUGCACUGUCCAACAUUCCGGCGUUUGUCGGCAGUGUCGCGGUGGAAAACUACAUCCUAAAGGAGGCUGCAUUUUGGGUUCCCAACAUCGAGAAGAACUUGUUUGGGUUAACGCUACUGACGACGAAUGGUCAGUUGCAGAUAGGUGCAAUAGCUGAUCGUAGAAUAAUUGCAUGCGAAACAGAGUUGGAUAGUUUAUUGAGCGAUACUUUACAGGAGCUUAGACGUUUAGAUAAUGCGUUAAAGAAUAAAAUCUAUUGA